AUGGUUUAUCGUAGCAACCUCAACACGAUCGCCAGUCGUAUCCCUGGCUUGAUUGCCGUCGCUCCUAAGCCUCGAGUGCCGCCAUGCGUCGUCGCUGCGCAAGGGAGGUUUCCGAAAGCCAGAGCGAUGACUCUGAUGCCCCAGUUCCACCGAGGCCCUUCCGCGAUUAAACGACUGCUGGAUGACUACGAUCGUUAUCUAUCAGGGCAUGCCCUCGAUCCGCAUCCCCGGGCAUACGCACCCACCUUCGACAUGCGCGAAUCGAAGGAUACCUACCAGCUGGAAGGGGAGCUCCCGGCGUGA